CUUGAGUUUUGCUGGAGCCGAGGCAGCAUUUCGCAGAGGCGGAGGGCAGGCAGUAGAGCUCUGGGGACAGCGGCUGGGAAAGCCGUGCCUGCCCAGGAGGUUAAGCCAUUACCCAAGGGAAACUAAAUUAUGGCUUGGAGUGAAUUCACUGUCCUUAGCUGGCUCAGAGAGAGUCGGCAAUCCCGGAAACUAAUCUUGUUGAUUGUCUUCAUUGCUCUGCUCUUGGACAACAUGCUGCUUACUGUAGUUGUGCCAAUUAUUCCCAGUUACUUAUACAGCAUUACACAUCAAAAAAAUGUAACAGAAAUUCAAACUAUUAGGCCGGAGACACCUUCAUUAAACCUGAACAGCUUUCAAAAUAUCUUCUCCUACUAUGAUAACUCCACAAUGGUUACUGGAAAUGAUUCUGAACGAACAAAGCCGGGAGAUUUUUAUCAUGCUCAGACAGAGCAAAUGGUGGUAAAUAUGACUAAGGCAUCAUCAUCCUCUGACUGCCCGAAGGAAGACAAAGACCUGCUAAAUGAAAAUGUCCAAGUUGGUUUGUUGUUUGCUUCCAAAGCAACCGUGCAGCUCCUUACUAACCCUUUUAUAGGGCCAAUGACAAAUAGAAUAGGCUACCAGAUCCCCAUGUUUGCUGGCUUCUGCAUCAUGUUUGUCUCAACAAUUAUGUUUGCAUUUUCAGAAAGCUACAAGUUACUAUUUAUAGCAAGAUCCCUUCAAGGAGUAGGUUCUUCUUGUUCUUCUGUAGCUGGUAUGGGUAUGCUGGCCAGUGUGUAUACUGAUGAUGAAGAAAGAGGCAAUGCAAUGGGGAUUGCCUUGGGAGGCAUGGCUAUGGGGGUAUUAGUGGGCCCACCUUUUGGAAGUGUCAUGUAUGAAUUUGUUGGGAAGGCAGCACCUUUCCUGGUGUUAGCAGCAUUAGCUCUUUUAGAUGGUGCAAUACAGUUGCUAAUUCUACAACCAUCUAGGAUACAACCAGAAAGUCAGAAAGGAGCAUCACUGUUAACACUCUUGAGGGACCCAUACAUCAUAAUUGCUGCAGGAUCAAUAUGUUUUUCAAAUAUGGCAAUUGCUAUGCUGGAACCAGCAUUGCCCAUCUGGAUGAUGGAGACAAUGUGUUCAAGAAAAUGGCAACUUGGCAUUGCUUUCAUUCCUGCCAGUGUCUCUUAUCUGAUUGGAACUAAUAUUUUUGGGGUCCUUGCACACAAAAUGGGACGGUGGCUUUGUGCUUUAAUUGGGAUGGUAAUUGUGGGAAUAAGCAUUUUGUGUGUACCACUUGCUAAAAAUAUAUAUGGACUGAUAGCACCAAAUUUUGGGGUUGGAUUUGCCAUUGGAAUGGUGGAUUCUUCAAUGAUGCCUAUUAUGGGUUACCUUGUUGAUCUGCGUCAUGUUUCAGUCUACGGAAGCGUCUAUGCGAUUGCAGAUGUUGCAUUUUGUAUGGGAUUUGCUUUAGGUCCAUCUGUUGGUGGUGCCAUUGCAAAGGCAAUUGGAUUCCCAUGGCUCAUGACUAUUAUAGGAAUUAUUGAUAUCCUCUUUGCUCCUCUGUGCUUGUUUUUGCGCAGUCCACCUGCCAAGGAAGAAAAAAUGGCAAUACUUAUGGACCAUAACUGUCACUUUAAAACCAAGAUGUAUACACAGAACAACAUCCAGUCACAUCCAUUAGGCGAUAAUGAAGAAUUGGAAAGUGAUGAGUAAUGUCUGAAAGCGCUAUCAAGGAAUUUAAUAUAUGUUACCUGUGAAACAUCUUGUUAAAAAGUUUUUGUUAUACUGUACAUUUAAUGGUGAUAGUAAAACAAACAGAAAAAAAAGCCAAAGGUAGAUUUAUUUAUUGCCCUUGAAGAUAAAGCAGAUUACCCACUGCCUUAUAAAAGGAGGGCAAAAAAGCUUUUAUAGGAGUUUGUUAUAGUGUCAAGACUUUGUGUAUUUAACAUUAUGCACUAUAUUUUUGAUUAAAUGAGUAGUGUAAAUGUGUAAAUCUAAAUCCAGAACUAUGCUUUUAAAACGUCCAUUCAUGAACACUUUAUUUAUUCCGUAUUUUUUCAUUUGAUUAAUCAGCAACAUUGAGUGCCUGAAAUGAUAAAUUAUCUGAAUGUAUAUUAAGAAAUGACAAUUAACAUGUUGCACUUCUCAAAUAACUUUCCUUAAAACCAUAAACUUGAAUGCAUAAUCCCUCUAAUUACCAAAUAUGGAUCUUGUAGUCAACAAUAUUUCCCUAUUAUUCCUGGAGGAAAAACAACUGAAAAACAGAAUAGGGCAUUUCUGAAGGAUGCAUUUGACUGAACUUCUUGGUUCCUCUUUAUCUACUAUUUAUAAACAAAAAGCAGGCACUACACCAAAAAUGGCUGUGUUUUAUGCAUGCCAACACUUGCUUCUGCAACUUUGGUUAAAUCUGUUAUCUUCCUACAAAUAUUGAAGGACAGUGCAUCAUAUGAUGCUAUAAGUUUCAAACAGGUGUUAUUAGAUGCACUCCAUACAUAAAAUCCAAAGUAUGCAGUGAUGAUUUACUUUACAUCUUUUUAGGAUGCAUGCAGCUAGCAGAGCAACAAGCUCUCCCAUAACACAAGAGAAGACAGUUUAGGCAGAUAUGUGAUACUUUGCCUUAGAAGCAAAACUGGCCAGCAUUUGAACAAUUUCGUUUAGAGCUGAGAUGAAACAAUUCUGAGAAAAUGUGUUUUUCUUUCUUUUACACUUUCCUCCCCAAUAUGUUUUAUCCUUUUGUUCUAGAGCAUUGGGAGGGGGGUUAGAAUGGUAGCUUCCACAAAAAAUGUGGAGAAUAUUUGAAAAAAUAAUAUUCAAAUAUUCUCCACCAUUUUUUGUGAAGCCUACUUUUCUCCCCUCCCUUUCAAAUGCCCCAGAACAAAACAAUAAAAUCCAUACUAAAAAAAUAAGCUGUGGUACUCCUAAUGGCAAGGCUCAUUCCUGAGGAACUGUUGGAGAAUUUAUCCUUCCCUUGGAGAUAUUUGAUAAAAUGGCUCCAGUUUCUCUGCCUGCAAAUAAGGGAGAAUUUUGAGUGACCAUUUGUGUAUAGCUAUUUUUAAGAUAACUUAUGUGUGACCUUUGUCAAAAGCAUUCAACACCCCCACCCAAAGUCUAGGCGCUGUAUUUUUAGUACAACGUAAAGCCUAUUUAUUUAAUUAGGAGAGUUGCAAGACACCAAUGUCUUUUAACAUCUGCAGAGGGACUUUUGUUUCUAACCAAAUAAAAUAAAUGUAAGAUUUAUCCAUUACCUCUGCAGUCAGAGUAGUCAAAUAAAGCCCUAUUUACUCCUGGCUGGUCCUUGGGUAUGGGGAGUCUGCAGUGACUUAGUCCCUUCCCCCAAACCACAGCCUUAGACAUUAUUCCCUGCUCUAGGAAGAGUAACUGCCAGGAUGGAGUUUGUAAGAGGACUGGGUAGACUGCUACAUGAGAGGCAUGUACAGCCCUGCCCCUUGUAAAUAAUAGGCAAUAUUCUGCAGUUCAUUGAGCCCUAUCACCAUGUUUUCCCAUGAUAUAGACAUCAGCUCAUGGGAGGCUGUGCUAUCUCCUUAGUUGUGAAUAUAGAAUUCCAUGUAUAAAUAUAAAAUGCAUAGUGUCAUAUACAUGUCAUGUUGUUUGUAAAACAUGAUUUCUGUGCCUUCUUUCAUGUAUCAACAGAUGGUUUGUGUCUUAAAGCAGACACCCUGUUUACAUAGUUUUGUAAAGUAUAUAUAUAUUGGUCAAAGUUAAUGAUGCUGUAGUUGAAUUAUUAUUGUUAAUUACACAGAAAAUAACAACGUGGAAUGUUAUCUCUUGAAAAAAACAAAAUAAAAGGUGACAAUUUGA